CGUCGUGCGCUCGUAUGGUUCACAUUGAAUUUACGUCGAUUCAGUGAGUCUCAGCUCUCGCGCAAACACUAUAAUCAGCGAUAUUAAAAUCCAAUUGUACGGAUAAAAUCGAAUUAUCGUCAAAGUUAUUUGUUCAUCACUGAAAAAAAUAUGUGCAGAGAAUUUAGAUUAUUAUUUUUAAGUGGCUGCCUGCUAGUGUUCUCCAAUCUCGCUACGGCAACUAUUUCCGCGGAAAAUACAUCCGAUUUCGAGACAGUCCAUACGAGCAACGCGGCAAUCCUAAACCGACUCGGACUAGCGCCUCUUCAAAUACCCGAUGGUCAUCACAAGAAGCGGUUAGCUGGGCCUGAGCCACCGGGGCUUCAAACGCGUAUACAUCAGCCUUACAGUCGUCGUCACGGUCACCGCGACAGUCACAUUUACAUCGUGAAGCUUCCGGCUAGUCCUCCGUACUACACUAUUACGAAGCCUCACAAAUCCGUCAGCGAUGAUAAAGUGACCAAGACCGGCCCGAGUUUUCCGGUGGGCUUUCAAGGAAACGGUAAACCUGCCAAGAUUUAUCAUUGGAAUUUACCGGUCGUCAAAAAAGUGACGGAGAAAAAGCGCCUCCAACUGAAUCAAUUAAUGGAACAGGCGAGGAAGAGACUGGACGACACGAAAAAACGGCAGAAAACGUCCUCCACGAAAAUUGUAAUGAAUAAACUUUAUCCUUUCGAUACGACCGGCAAGAAUAACGAAUAUCGUAUUGGCGAUGAUAAGCUUCAUUCUUACCAAAAGCCAUUAACGACAAAACACGUCAGGAAUAACGACAAAAGGCUUACCUAUCCAGACAACAAUAUCAAAUUUAAAUUGACGGAGAAGAGUAGUGAUGAUUCCGGCAACAAGUUGUAUAGACUGAACGAUUUAAGUUUACAUAGGAUUCAUCUCACCAAUGAUUUUCACGGGUCAAAAAGCACUGUGCCGAAGAUGAAGAAGCAUCGAAAGAAAGCUGCCAUGUCAUAUUAUGCGCCAAUUUCUACUAAGACGGGUACCAGCAUCCAUAAAAAUUUCCCCGGAAAUGGCAAACCCAAGGCUUUUUAUAUCAUGGAGAAAAGUCGCAAACCAGUGUACUAUCAUCCUCUCCUACCUUAAUCCUUGACUCCUCGUGUAAUUGUGCACAAUCACGUAAUGUGUUAAGUGGCCCGUGAGCCUCUGUUAACCUAAGUAGACGUAUAUAAUACUCUGUUUGUAUAGGAUCAAGGGUCGCCGUUUGAAUAGAGACAAAACGCAGAAGAGAGAGAGAGAGAGAGAGGGAGAGAGAGAGAGAGAGAGAAACAGAGACUUUCAGACUUAUAUCGCAUAUGAUAGUUUUUAUUUAAGGUCACGUGCAUUUUGCUGUUCCAGUUCUAUUAGAGAUGUAUAUCGUUAUCAAUUCUUUCUUUUUUACUUAAAAAAUCUAUCAGUAAGUAAAUAUUACACAAAUGCAAAAGUGUAAAUCUCAUUGUUGUAGCUUGUCAAUAAUUCAUUUUUUAUAUAUGUAUUUAAUUUUAUAUAUAUGAUGUUGUAUUGAUAAUUUAAUUCGUUUCACAAAUCGCGAAAAAUUGACAUUGAUAAGAUUCACAUUUUCAUUGCUAUAUAACUACAUUUAUGCUUUAUGAGUGACAACUGAAUGGGCAUAUCACGUUCUUUUUAAAGUUGUAUUAUAUAUCUAUUGAUACAUACACAUACAUAUUAUAGAUAUAAAUAAUUAUACAUAUAUAUUAAAUUGUUCGCAUAAAAGUUUGUAACAAUUUUUAAUAGAUAAUUGAACAUAUCGUCAUAUGUCGUGAAGGAAGGACUAUUUAAUAACAUACAUACAUAUUUUGAAAAAUGAUAUUUUAAUAACACAAAAAUUGUCUGGAUUAACUUAUAAAAAAGGCGUUGUUUUUUUUUUCGAGUAAUGCUUAAUCUCAUGUUUCUUUGCAGGAUGCAACAAAAAUUUGUGCAGCUAAGCUGAAAAAUAUAUUCUACCAUAGAUUAUGCUAGCUGUUUACUAGAUUUAAUAUUCUCUGAUUAUUUAUCUUAAUUUUUGCAAAAGUUUUUUAAAAACUCUAAAAUUUGAAAAAUCUAAGAAUUUUUCAGCUGUACUCAAAGGAUAACUAAAGAUCAUCAACAAAAACAAUGCAUGAGAAUUAUCAAAUAUAAAGAGAAAUAUAUAAUACAUUAUUUUUUAUUUCUUUUGUGAAAAAUUGCUACAAACUUUUCGAAUAAUCCACUACAAUAAUAAUUUUUUACUUUUAUAUUCUAUAUAAGAUAUUUUCUCUAGCUAUAUGAUCUGUUUUUUUUUUUUCGAUUAUAGAAUAAUCGUGAAUUAUUUGCCUACUUUUUAACCGCGCAAGUUUUAAGCCUUAUCUGAUGCCAAAAUAUCCAGCGAAAAUAUCCAACUUUAUAUGUCCCUCCCUCUUAUUUUUAUUCAACUUUAUCGGCAAACCUGGGACAAUUUCUAAAAGAUAAAUAAAUUUGUUUAUCAAGAUCAUAAUUGAUUCCAAGUAACUAAAUCUUAUAACCGAAGAACACUGCACUGCUAACUUGAAAAGCGCGAUAGUAUUACAUAUUGAGAUUAAUCAAUGUUCCAUGUCCGUUACAUUACAUGAUACUAUUUACAUUUGAUACGAAUAUUGAUUACACUAUUAUUUACUAUAACGUUUAAAUCAUAUUAUAUAGGUAACUUAGCUUUUUUAUGCAUCUGCUCCUUUAUUUAUAUAAGACUCAUUAAAAAAAUGCUAGGAAAUGUUAUAUAUUUCUUAUGUAGAUUAAUUCAAACAUGCUACAUAAUAUUGAUCUAUUACAAAACAGAGAAGUUAACAUCUUCUCUAGAGAGCUUGAAUAUCAAGUAGGUUAGAUUUUAUUCUUGAAUAAAUCUCUGAUUAAGCGCAAAGUUUUGCAAUUGAUCGGAUUUUUUUUUUAAUGUAAAAGAAAAAGAGAGAGAGAAAUCAGCGAUCGCAUUCCAAAUGUUACUUCCCGCUGAAAGAUCGCCUAUGAUCCUAUAAUCAAAUUCUGUGUCGCUAAGUUAAGUUAAUUAAUAUUAAUUAAUAUUAUUGUUAAUCGCUAAUUAACGCUGUAUAGUAUAUUUUUAUAAGUAUAACACGCAGAUAUAUACUAUUUCUAUGUGUCCGUCGUUUAUGCAUAAUCAUGAUUGAUUGAUUGCGUAUGUCGAAUGCUUGAUCAAUGUAAUAUGAUAGACGGACUUUUUAUGAAGACUGGACAAUACAUAUUUUUACGUAAUAUGUAGAUCUACAUACAUUGACGCGAAAAUCUUUUUUAUUAAAUUUUUUUUUCUACGUAUAUUUUUCCGUACGUAUAUCAUAUAAAUCGUAGGUAAGAAUGCUCGAUUGUAAUAUUCAGUAUAACGAAUAAAAAUAUUUAUAAUCCUUUGUA